GCAUUUGCUUUAUGAAGGAGACAGUAAACUUGAGCUUUCAGUCUCGCCACUAGUCUGUCUUUGUCUGUUGUUAAAAUUAUGAGCCAGUCUCUAUGGCCGCAGCCAAAUGAGUAAUCACUAGUAAUGUGACUCGUGCUGGAAGUGACUCCAUCAGCACCUGUGACGGGGGAUUAGUUACAGUUUACAGAGCACCGCCUCUUCCCUUCUCUCAGUGUGCCCUAAGCCAAGUACUCGUUCUCAUUUGGGUGUCUGCACUGUUGGAAGCUACUGCACUGUGUUUCCACGCAGACAGAGUACAGUGGGAAAGGCUUUCUCCAGCUGAUGGAUGGCUGUUCUCUUUAUUUGGAGUAUCUUACUGGUUAUGUAAGCGACCUCGAGAGAAAUUAUCCUGACCCAGAUCGGAGGAUGCAGUAGUGCUUCAGCUGCAGGAUUUCUUAGUCGUUAACACCACAGUGCUGAUGACAAAGAGCGAGUUGUAAUCCUCAUCACUGCCAGGGCUGAGCCAGAGCAGACAGAAAAUCGUCAUUUGCUCGUUGGAGACUUGUUAGGUUACAGCUCCUGCUUCGUUCUGUGGUCUUGGCUUUUCUUCCUAUACAAUGACGCCGCUGCAAGUGAGCUCAGAAAUGCUUGGUUUGAGAGCCAUUUGCCUGUGAUUUUUGAAGACUAAAGAAGUAUUUACACUAGAUACUCUUCCAGAACAAAAUAGAAAUUUCAGCAAAUACUUACUGACCUUUAAAGCCUUGUGGAUUUCUGAGAUUUAAAGAUACUUUAAAAUUCUCAAGAACAAAACUUUCAAACCUCUGGUUGAAAGAAAUAUACCCAGUUCAGUCACUGCAGUAGAAUUCCUUGUAGAUAAGCAACUGGAUUUUUUAACUGAAGAUAGUGCCUUUCAGCCCUACCAGGUCCUUAUUCCUUAAAUGGAUACAGAGUGAGAGUAUAUAGACAAGACUCUGCCACCCAGUGGUUUACUGGCAUAAUUACUCAUCAUGAUCUCUUCACCCGCACCAUGAUCGUUAUGAAUGAUCAGGUACUAGAACCACAGAAUGUCGAUCCUUCUAUGGUUCAAAUGACCUUUCUAGAUGAUGUUGUUCACUCUUUGUUAAAAGGUGAAAAUAUUGGCAUUACAUCACGACGCAGGUCUCGUGCCAAUCAAAACGUCAACGCUGUUCACAGCCAUUAUACACGUGCCCAAGCAAAUAGUCCCAGACCAGCAAUGAACUCCCAAGCUGCUGUACCAAAACAGAAUACACACCAGCAACAGCAACAAAGAAGUAUCCGUCCAAAUAAGAGGAAGGGCUCAGAUAGCAGUAUACCAGAUGAAGAGAAGAUGAAGGAGGAAAAAUAUGAUUAUAUAUCACGAGGAGAAAAUCCUAAAGGUAAAAACAAACACUUGAUGAAUAAAAGAAGGAAACCUGAGGAGGAUGAAAAGAAACUAAAUAUGAAAAGACUUCGAACUGACAAUGUUUCAGACUUUUCUGAGAGCAGUGACUCAGAAAAUUCAAAUAAGAGAAUAAUAGAUAAUUCCUCAGAACAGAAGCCAGAGAAUGAAUUGAAAAAUAAAAAUACUUCAAAAAUAAAUGGAGAAGAAGGAAAACCCCAUAAUAAUGAGAAGGCAGGAGAAGAGACCCUAAAAGAUAGCCAGCCUCCCUGGGAUCAAAUACAGGAAGAUAAAAAACAUGAAGAAGCAGAGAAGCGGAAGUCUGUUGACACUCAGCUUCAAGAAGAUAUGAUUAUUCAUUCGUCAGAACAAUCCACAGUUUCUGAUCAUAAUUCUAAUGAUUUACUUCCUCAGGAAUGCAAUAUGGAUAAAACACAUACCAUGGAAUUGCUACCAAAGGAGAAGUUUGUAUCCAGACCACCCACACCAAAAUGUGUUAUUGAUAUUACAAAUGACACUAAUUUAGAAAAGGUGGCUCAGGAAAACUCAAGUACCUUUGGCCUUCAGACACUUCAGAAAAUGGAUCCUAAUGUUAGUGAUUCAAAACACUCUAUUGCAAAUGCAAAAUUCUUGGAAACAGCAAAACAAGAUUCUGACCAGAGCUGGGUCAGUGAUGUAGUUAAAGUGGAUCUAACCCAAUCAGGUGUUACAAAUGCUUCUUCAGGAAAUGAUCACUUGAACAUGGAAAAAGAGAAGUAUGUCUCUUACAUUUCUCCUUUAAGUGCAGUUUCUGUCAUGGAAGAUAAGCUGCAUAAGCGAAGUCCACCUCCAGAGACUAUAAAAUCUAAACUUAAUACUUCAGUAGAUACUCACAAGAUAAAAUCCAGCCCAUCACCUGAAGUUGUUAAACCCAAAAUAACUCAUUCUCCUGAUUCUGUAAAGUCUAAGGCCACUUAUGUGAACAGCCAAGCUACUGGUGAAAGAAGACUGGCAAAUAAGAUAGAACAUGAGCUAUCAAGAUGCAGUUUUCAUCCAAUUCCUACUCGAAGCAGUACAUUAGAAACUACAAAGAGUCCUCUUAUCAUUGAUAAAAAUGAGCAUUUUACAGUUUACAGAGAUCCUGCACUUAUUGGGUCAGAAACAGGAGCUAAUCAUAUUUCACCUUUCCUAAGCCAGCAUCCUUUUCCUCUUCACUCCUCAUCUCAUAGAACCUGUUUAAAUCCAGGUACCCAUCAUCCUGCCUUAACUCCUGCACCCCAUUUACUAGCCGGAUCAUCUAGUCAAACUCCAUUACCUACCAUUAACACUCAUCCUCUGACUAGUGGUCCACACCAUGCUGUUCAUCACCCUCAUUUACUUCCCACUGUGUUACCUGGAGUGCCUACUGCCUCCUUACUUGGUGGCCACCCACGACUAGAGAGUGCUCAUGCCAGCAGCUUGAGCCACUUAGCGCUAGCACACCAGCAACAACAACAGUUGUUACAGCACCAGUCACCUCAUCUUCUUGGACAAGCCCAUCCUUCUGCUUCAUAUAAUCAGCUUGGACUUUAUCCAAUUAUUUGGCAGUAUCCAAAUGGAACACAUGCAUACUCAGGACUUGGUUUGCCUUCUUCUAAGUGGGUUCACCCAGAAAAUGCAGUUAAUGCUGAAGCUUCGUUAAGGAGGAAUUCUCCCAGUCCUUGGCUACAUCAGCCCACCCCUGUGACCUCAGCAGAUGGUAUUGGAUUACUUAGCCACAUUCCUGUCAGACCUUCCAGUGCAGAGCCUCAUCGGCCUCUUAAAAUUACAGCCCAUUCCAGUCCACCAUUGACAAAAACUUUAGUAGAUCAUCAUAAGGAAGAAUUAGAAAGAAAAGCUUUUAUGGAACCAUUACGGUCUGUUGCAUCCACAUCAGCCAAAAAUGACCUGGAUCUAAAUAGGUCACAGACUGGAAAAGAUUGUCACUUACAUAGGCAUUUUGUGGAUCCAGUAUUAAAUCAAUUACAGAGGCCACCCCAGGAGACUGGAGAGAGGUUAAACAAAUACAAAGAGGAACACCGUCGAAUUCUUCAAGAAAGUAUUGAUGUUGCUCCCUUUACAACUAAAAUCAAGGGAGUUGAGGGUGAGAGAGAGAAUUAUUCCAGAGUGGCAUCAUCAUCUUCCAGUCCUAAAAGCCAUAUCAUCAAACAAGAUAUGGAUGUAGAACGCUCAGUAUCAGAUCUUUAUAAAAUGAAGCACUCAGUGCCUCAGAGUUUACCCCAAAGUAACUAUUUCACUACAUUGUCUAAUAGUGUGGUCAAUGAACCACCAAGAUCAUACCCAUCCAAAGAAGUUUCAAAUAUUUACGGUGAUAAACAGAGUAAUGCCCUUGCAGCGGCAGCAGCUAAUCCUCAAACUCUGACUUCAUUUAUAACAUCUCUUUCAAAGCCUCCACCUUUGAUUAAACACCAACCAGAAAGUGAAGGUUUAGUAGGCAAGAUACCAGAACAUCUUCCACAUCAGAUUGCAUCUCACUCAGUAACAACCUUCAGAAAUGAUUGUAGGAGUCCUACCCAUUUGACAGUUUCUUCUACAAAUACACUCCGCAGUAUGCCUGCAUUACAUAGAGCACCAGUAUUUCACCCACCAAUCCAUCACAGCCUGGAAAGAAAGGAAGGCAGCUAUAGUAGUCUUUCCCCUCCAACUUUAACUCCGGUGAUGCCAGUAAAUGCUGGUGGUAAAGUUCAAGAAUCACAGAAGCCUCCAACUCUAAUACCCGAACCAAAAGACUCCCAGGCAAAUUUUAAGAGUUCUUCAGAACAGAGUUUGACGGAGAUGUGGAGACCUAAUAAUAACCUCAGCAAAGAGAAAACUGAAUGGCAUGUGGAGAAAAGCAGCGGAAAGUUACAGGCUGCUAUGGCAUCUGUCAUUGUGCGUCCAUCUUCUAGUACAAAAACUGAUAGUAUGCCAGCAAUGCAGUUAGCUUCUAAAGAUCGAGUUAGUGAAAGAUCUUCAGCUGGGGCACAUAAAACAGAUUGCCUCAAACUAGCAGAAGCCGGAGAAACUGGAAGAAUCAUUUUGCCAAAUGUGAAUUCAGACAGUGUUCACACAAAAUCUGAAAAAAACUUUCAGGCUGUCUCACAGGGCAGUGUUCCCAGUUCAGUCAUGUCUGCUGUAAAUACGAUGUGUAAUACCAAAACGGAUGUAAUCACAUCUGCUGCCGAUACUACCAGUGUUUCCAGCUGGGGUGGUUCAGAAGUAAUUUCCUCUUUAUCAAAUACCAUUUUGGCCUCUACAUCAUCAGAAUGUGUAUCUUCAAAAAGUGUCAGUCAGCCAGUGGCUCAAAAACAAGAAUGCAAGGUCAGCACCACAGCACCAGUUACAUUGGCCAGUAGUAAGACAGGAAGUGUUGUUCAACCCAGUUCUGGGUUCUCAGGCACAACUGAUUUUAUCCAUUUAAAAAAGCACAAGGCAGCAUUGGCUGCAGCUCAGUAUAAAAGUAGUAAUGCCAGUGAGACUGAACCUAAUGCUAUAAAAAAUCAGACACUUUCAGCCUCCCUUCCUCUGGAUAGCACUGUAAUCUGUAGUACAAUUAACAAAGCAAACUCUGUAGGAAAUGGGCAAGCUUCCCAGACAAGUCAACCAAACUACCAUACUAAACUGAAAAAGGCCUGGCUCACCAGACACUCAGAAGAAGAUAAAAAUACUAAUAAAAUGGAAAAUUCAGGGAAUUCUGUAUCAGAAAUUAUUAAGCCAUGUUCUGUCAACUUAAUAGCCUCUACAUCUAGUGAUAUACAAAAUAGUGUAGAUAGUAAGAUCAUAGUUGAUAAAUAUGUAAAAGAUGAUAAAGUCAACAGGAGAAAAGCCAAAAGAACUUAUGAAUCUGGCUCUGAAAGUGGAGACUCAGAUGAAAGUGAAAGCAAGUCAGAGCAAAGGACUAAAAGACAACCUAAGCCAACUUACAAAAAGAAGCAAAAUGAUUUGCAAAAGAGAAAAGGUGAAAUAGAAGAAGAUUUGAAACCCAAUGGAGUUCUCAGCAGGAGUGCCAAAGAAAGAAGUAAACUGAAGUUGCAAAGCAACAGUAAUACUGGCAUUCCUCGUUCAGUAUUGAAAGAUUGGCGUAAAGUCAAGAAGCUGAAGCAAACUGGGGAAUCCUUUUUACAGGAUGACUCCUGCUGUGAGAUAGGGCCUAAUUUACAAAAGUGUCGAGAAUGUAGACUUAUUCGCAGUAAAAAAGGAGAAGAACCAGCUCACUCACCAGUAUUUUGUAGAUUUUACUACUUUAGACGGUUGUCAUUUAGUAAAAACGGAGUAGUUAGAAUAGAUGGUUUCUCUUCUCCUGACCAAUAUGAUGAUGAAGCUAUGAGUUUGUGGACACAUGAAAAUUUUGAAGAUGAUGAACUAGAUAUAGAGACUUCUAAAUAUAUCUUGGAUAUAAUAGGUGAUAAGUUCUGUCAAUUAGUAACAUCUGAAAAAACAGCUUUGUCCUGGGUGAAAAAGGAUGCCAAAAUUGCCUGGAAAAGAGCAGUGAGAGGAGUCCGGGAGAUGUGUGAUGCAUGUGAAGCAACAUUGUUUAACAUUCACUGGGUCUGCCAAAAAUGUGGAUUUGUGGUCUGCUUAGAUUGUUACAAGGCAAAGGAAAGGAAGAGUUCUAGAGAUAAAGAACUAUAUGCUUGGAUGAAGUGUGUGAAGGGACAGCCUCAUGAUCACAAACAUUUAAUGCCAACCCAAAUUAUACCUGGUUCUGUUUUGACAGAUCUUCUAGAUGCCAUGCACACUCUUAGGGAAAAAUAUGGUAUUAAAUCCCAUUGUCAUUGUACUAACAAACAGAAUUUACAAGUUGGAAAUUUUCCUACAAUGAAUGGUGUAUCUCAAGUUUUACAGAAUGUUCUUAAUCACAGUAAUAAAAUUUCUCUAUGCAUGCCUGAGUCUCAGCAGCAAAAUACUCCUCCGAAGUCUGAGAAAAAUGGUGGCAGCAGCCCAGAGAGUGAUGUAGGCACAGAUAACAAGUUAACUCCUCCAGAAUCCCAGUCACCACUGCACUGGUUAGCAGAUCUUGCAGAGCAAAAAGCCAGAGAGGAAAAAAAAGAAAACAAAGAACUUACCCUUGAAAACCAAAUUAAAGAAGAAAGAGAACAAGACAACUCUGAAUCUCCAAAUGGCAGAACAUCACCUCUUGUGUCCCAGAAUAAUGAACAAGGCUCAACCUUACGGGAUUUGCUGACUACAACAGCUGGAAAGCUACGUGUGGGGUCUACAGAUGCUGGCAUUGCCUUUGCCCCAGUAUAUUCAAUGGGAGCCCCAAGUAGCAAAAGUGGACGGACUAUGCCUAACAUUCUUGAUGACAUAAUUGCUUCAGUUGUUGAAAACAAAAUUCCACCAAGUAAAACCUCCAAGAUAAAUGUAAAACCAGAGCUUAAAGAAGAGCCUGAAGAAAGCAUAAUAUCUGCAGUGGAUGAAAAUAAUAAAUUAUACAGUGAUAUACCACAUUCUUGGAUCUGUGAGAAGCAUAUUUUAUGGCUUAAGGAUUAUAAGAAUAGCAGUAAUUGGAAGCUUUUCAAAGAAUGUUGGAAACAAGGACAGCCUGCAGUGGUUUCUGGUGUGCAUAAGAAAAUGAACAUUAGCCUAUGGAAGGCGGAAUCAAUUAGUCUUGAUUUUGGAGACCACCAAGCUGAUCUCCUGAACUGCAAAGAUAGCAUCAUUUCAAAUGCCAAUGUUAAGGAAUUCUGGGAUGGUUUUGAAGAAGUUUCAAAACGGCAGAAAAACAAGAGUGGAGAAACAGUUGUUUUAAAAUUGAAAGAUUGGCCUUCAGGAGAAGACUUCAAGACUAUGAUGCCAGCAAGAUACGAAGAUCUUUUAAAAAGUCUGCCAUUGCCAGAAUAUUGUAAUCCAGAAGGAAAAUUCAAUUUGGCCUCUCAUUUGCCAGGAUUUUUUGUACGUCCUGAUCUAGGACCCAGGUUGUGCAGUGCCUAUGGUGUAGUUGCUGCUAAAGAUCAUGAUAUAGGAACAACAAAUCUCCAUAUUGAAGUUUCUGAUGUUGUAAAUAUACUAGUUUAUGUUGGCAUAGCAAAAGGAAAUGGCAUUCUCUCAAAAGCAGGAAUUCUCAAGAAAUUUGAGGAAGAAGAUUUGGAUGACAUUUUAAGGAAAAGAUUGAAGGACUCAAGUGAAAUACCUGGUGCUCUGUGGCAUAUUUAUGCUGGGAAAGAUGUUGACAAGAUAAGGGAAUUUCUUCAAAAGAUUUCAAAAGAACAAGGCCUUGAAGUUCUACCAGAACAUGAUCCAAUACGUGACCAAAGUUGGUAUGUGAACAAAAAGCUCCGUCAAAGGCUGCUUGAAGAAUAUGGAGUCAGAACCUGUACUCUUAUUCAGUUCCUUGGUGAUGCUAUUGUUUUGCCAGCGGGAGCACUUCAUCAGGUUCAGAAUUUUCACAGCUGUAUUCAGGUAACUGAAGAUUUUGUGUCUCCAGAACAUCUUGUAGAGUCAUUUCAUUUAACACAGGAACUGAGACUUUUGAAGGAAGAAAUCAAUUAUGAUGAUAAACUACAGGUUAAAAAUAUUUUGUAUCAUGCAGUCAAAGAAAUGGUGAGAGCCUUGAAGAUACACGAGGAUGAAGUAGAGGAUAUGGAAGAAAAUUAAGUGUGAUCCAGUUUGAUAUUUUUAGGUUGCUGAACUGGGAUUACUUAACCUUGAAUGAUGAUAUGUAUGCACACUGACUUUAAGCUUCAUAAAACCAUCAGUGCCAAGAAAUUCUCUUUGUAGUAAUUACUUGUUACUGACACCACAGCAGUAUAGCAUAUGUCACAGCUCCUGUGAUUCAAUGUUAUAAAACAAGCAGAAUUUUAAAAGCAGCACUAUAUAGCUGUUUUGUAUUAUAGUGUAUAUGAUGUUUGUGAAAAUGCCAGAUUUAAAAUGAUGUAUUUAUUUUUGGUAAAAAAUAAAAAAUUCUAUGCUAUAUUGUUGAUCAAGUGUAAAUGUGACCUUGUACAGUUUACUAAAAUUACUGAUAUUUUUCACUACAUUGAGACAGUUACUGUGAGAAUAGGACACAAACACCAGCUAUUGCCUGCAUCUGGGAAAUUGCUGAAUCGCACAGCAGUCAUGUCAUAAUCAGAAAAUUACUGCCAAAUAAUUGUAAAAUUUGUAAAAUAUAAAGUAUAUAAAGUAGAUACUAAAUACAGACACUUCAAUAUUUUGUUGAAGCUAUUGACUGUACAAUUAAACAUUUUCAAAAGGUGUAAUUUAUUUAAAAUUGUCUCAUUUUGGUAAAAUUUAUGUGAACUUUUAAAGCUAAAUAUUAAACUUAAUAUGCUAUGUAAAUAUAUACAUAUAUACAUUUAAUGAUGUAUUUUUUUAAAACAUUGGCUUGCUUUUGUUAAAGUGCAAGUGUUACAUAUGGCUUUGUACAUUAAAGUUGAAAGGGGUUUUACAUUUUCCAUUAAAAGGACUUUAUCAAAAAUUGA